GGCAGCCUAGCCAGUGUCUGGCACGACUUCAGUGGGCUCCAAGGGGCCAGGCCAGGGCCGGCUCCGGGGUGGGGCUCCCCGGCUGUGUGGACGCUGCAAAUCCAUCUCUUCAGCCCAGCUAACAGCAUCGGGACCACUUUGGCAGCUCCAGGGAAAAUAUUUGGAAUCGCCUCCAGGAACAUAGACCGUGUGUGUCUCCGCUGAGGUUCCCUUGAUGUGCCCGCAAAUCUCCCUGAGAACAUCGCCCUGGACCUCCGAUGCGGCUGCCCGAGCAACCUGGAGAGGGGAAGCCUGAGAAUGAGGAAAAGGGGGGCAGAGGAGCCCCCGGAGGGGGAGAGGAGCCGCCGAGGACCCAGGCCCCCGACUUCCCCACUUGGGAAAAGAUGCCUUUCCACCAUGUGACCGCUGGCCUGUUGUACAAGGGGAAUUACCUCAACCGAUCUCUCUCUGCGGGCAGUGACAGUGAGCAGCUUGCUAACAUCUCCGUGGAGGAGCUGGACGAGAUCCGAGAGGCCUUUCGGGUCCUGGACCGAGAUGGGAACGGCUUCAUCUCCAAGCAGGAGCUGGGAAUGGCCAUGCGCUCUUUGGGGUACAUGCCGAGUGAGGUGGAGCUGGCCAUCAUCAUGCAACGCCUGGACAUGGACGGGGAUGGCCAGGUGGACUUUGAUGAAUUCAUGACCAUUCUUGGCCCCAAACUAGUGUCUUCAGAAGGUCGCGAUGGUUUUCUUGGAAACACAAUAGACAGCAUUUUCUGGCAGUUCGACAUGCAGAGGAUAACUCUGGAGGAGCUAAAACACAUCCUCUACCAUGCCUUCCGGGACCACUUGACAAUGAAGGACAUUGAGAACAUCAUCAUCAACGAGGAGGAGAGCCUGCAGGAGACCUCAGAGAACUGCCAGACAGAGUUUGAAGGAGUGCAUUCCCAGAAACAGAACAGACAGACCUGCGUCCGCAAAAGCCUCAUCUGCGCCUUCGCCAUGGCCUUCAUCAUCAGCGUCAUGCUGAUCGCGGCCAACCAGAUCCUGCGCAGCGGCAUGGAGUAGCGGCCGCCCCCUGCCGAGCUGCGUGCCCCGCUCACCGCGCAUGCGCAUGCCCCGCGGGCAGACUCCUCCGCAAAAGCAGAACCGGACGUUGCCUACCAGGCAUAGUUGAUGGAAGAACCCCAAGGCCGCAGUGCAACAGGUGUUGCCAACCCACUUCGCCUCCUUGGCAGGGACACCAAAGGGCUGUCUUAAAUGCUUUAAUGGUCUUGUUUCCUAAUGCAAUAAAAUAGCCAGGAGUUCCCAGUGACUGCUUCAAUCACCCCCCAGGAACUCUGAAAGACACAUGUCAUUUCCAUCCCGGGAUCCCAGGGACCAUCCAGGCUGGCGGUGUAAGAGAGCAAGAGCGAGAACACGUGGUCACCUCCAUGCCCCACCCUUUCAACCAGGGGUCGGCCAGAGACUCCGGGCUGCGGGCCCCCUCGGUCCCUAGGGGCCGACUGCGGGGUUGCUACAGAAGAGGGGGCUUCCUUCCCACUGUGGCUUCCUUCCUCCACCCAGUGGACCCCCCCACCAAGGCGUGAGGGGAAAGCCAUGGACCGGGGUGCAGUGCAUGGUGGUCUGCAGGCCGCAGCCCUUCGCUUCCAUUCUAAUUGCCUUUUCUAGAAGAGUCUUGCUGGCAGAGUUGGGGAGCUCUCGGUUUCCGUCGGCACUUGGCUUUCUGUUCCUAGAGCCCAUCGCGCACCAGCAUUUUGGAAUCUGCAGAGAGCCUUUCUCCCGGCUUUUGCCACCUGUGCUGCCCUUAGUGGGAAAAAAAAAAAAAAGAAGCAUACCCAUGGGCAUCUCUGUACCAGAGACACGUAGACUGGGCUUCUUCGUGUGUGACAUCACCCUUUCGUGAUCGCUUAUUCCAGAUCUAACAUUAUCCUCCCACAUGCACCCCCGACUCUUCGGGGUGGGCCAGGUAGUUUGGCCGGGGGUGCGGGGAGGGCCUGGGACCCUCACAGCCCAGUCACCCGGAGUCCUGGAGCCCGAACCCGCCUCCAUGCCGGAAGACCUUUGUAAGUGAAGGGCCUCGAGCAUCUUACCUUCUCUCCUUCUCUUGAAAUUUGCUUUGUUAGUCUUCCCCAGAUCAAAAGAGAAAUACAGUCCACAGUGGAAAGACGGAAAGAUCAAACUACUGUGUAUCACACAUACCAUCUCCCAGCGGUCAGAUUCUGCAACUGACUCAUUUCCCCCAGGGAAACAAAGAGCCGGGACAGCUUAGCCAACACGCCAGGUAAUUCACUCCCGCCUGCAGAAUACUUCUGCUGGGGGAAGGGACCUGAAUCCCAGGGUCCGUCCUCAGGACCCUUUCAGUCUGUCAUUCCCUGACUUUUGCCAGAUGCCGCAUCGGCCACCACUAUUGAUUCAAGCUUGCAUAGUCUGAUUUGCCAAUAAUCUUUGGAUGUGAUGCUUUCCUUUGUACUUUUCCGAGCUCAGGUCUUUAUUUCUGGAGUAGAACGGUCUUGCGCCCCUUUCUUCCCAUUGCAUCCUGAAGCUACAUGCUUUUUUUCCCUCUCCUUUUUCCCCUUUCUUCCAGUAUUGAGAUGCCAGAAUGUCCACUCUCUAGGUUUUGCGGUGCGGUGUUUGUGUCCCUGAAUCCCUCCCUCAGGGGCCCCUCCCUCUCAGUUUUCUCCCUUUCUACCUUUUCCAACCUGACUUAUCCUUUUAGGGUCUUUUUCCAGUUCCCGUCUGCAAGCACUUCCUGCAGCAGGCAGGGGGCGCUGUAGAAAGUUCCCCACGGUGGGAGCCCGCAAAUAUUCCUGAUGAGCACAAGUAAAACUAGGGUUUGAGCCAUAGCAGGUGUGAGCUCUCGAGAGCCCCCGGGUUGGGGGUCCCGCUGGGAAAAUGCCCGGAGUCCCGCACAUCCAGGCCAGCGAAGGCAGCAUCCUGCUUCCCUCUUGUCUGCCCUGCCCUGCCACAGUCCACACUGCACGUCUGCCUCCUUGCUCUCCCCUUGCCUGACUCCCCAUGGUCCUUCAGGAUCGGCUUCUAGAAGAACAGGCGUGAGCACAGAACACUAGCACAGACGACAACUUCUUCAUUAGUUUUGGCCCAGAGCAGAUUACCUUCCCCCUCUCAACUGGACUCAGAUGGGGACCACCCCCUGAACCACUAGACCAUGUCCUCAAAGUAGAUUAAAUAGAGACCUGAGGAGGACCCCUAAAGGCCCCUGCCCCACCAGAGGAGAUUGCAACCCUCUUCAAAGGCUGGCUCUCUGCAAGUUCUGUCCUCCCCCUGGAGAACGGGGUCCCCGAAGGAGGUGAGGCUUAGAAGAGAAAUUAGCCACUGUGCAGGGUGGGGGGUAAAGGGAGCUCUGGGGAGAGGCAGCAACAGCCUGUUCAAGGCCUCAGCAUCCUCUCCCUGAAGAGGACCCUUUUCCUCUCCCAGCGACCAGUGAGCAAGCCCAUCCUACCCGGGAGGGAUCCAAGGAGCAUGCAGCCCUUGUAAGGAGAGAGGACGAAAAGGAAGCUACGGAACUUUCCUCUCAGGUGGACUAAAAUUGACCUGCAACUAUGGUGGCCUCAUGCAUGGUACCCCGGGGCUGAGUGUGGGAAGACAGCCCAAGGCUAGUGGCGUUCUUGAGACUUUGGGAGCUAAGAGCUUGUGUCUGCGACACAGCUUUGCCUGGACAGUCCAUUGAAGGUGUUGGGAUUUUUUGGUAAGACUGAAGACGCUGACUUUCUGCGGCCCCAGAGCUGCUUCAGGGCCCCUGCCAUAGUACUUAGGAUGCUCAUGGAUAAAGCAUGGCUCAUUCUUGCUGUAAGAAUGGGUGCCCCCCUCCAGACCACACAGGGGAUGACCAGGGAGGCAUUUUGCUAGUUGGACAAGGGAUACAGACCCUAGACCCCUUGUCCCCCCCAAAAAAGCUGUUUCCUAUCACUCCAGAAACAGACAGAGCCCCCAGACAGGACCCAGCAUGAGAACUAUUAGAAGUGGCUUCCAGAAUGUGUGUGGGUCCCACGUGACCAAUCUGUAAAAAAAAAAAAAAAAAAAAAAAGAGGGGGGUGAUGUUACCAUGGCAACCCUCGCAUUCCACCCUGAGUUUGCCAAGGCACACAAAAAUAGGGAACAUUUUCUUAAAGAACACUGGGCUCUGAUUGUAGCCGGACUCCCUGCAUCCGUAGCCCACUGGUGGGGGUAAAUUACUCAAAAAAUCUGGCGGUUUCUAUGCCUCCUCUGGCAUUUUGAAACCAUCCUUCCGUGUGCUCAGAACAGGAGCUACCUGAGAACCUGGCGGCUUUCUCCCCAUCCCACCUCCUCCCCCACUUCCGAGGGCCCAGAACAGGGACCCCUUGAGGUGGGCGAAAAGGCAGAAAUGUCAUCUGGAAGGCAAAAAAUAUUUUAAGCCUCAAUCUUUGAAAGCAUCGAUUUGCCUGUUGAGACACUCUCCCACAAGCCAGAAAUGUGCACUGAAGCGAACUGAGGUUUGCACGUGGUCUGAAGCAAGCCCAGGGGCUUCUAGGUGUUCCUUUUGUAGAGAGCAAGGUGUGCACCACGAGGUGCGCUCUUUCUCAGUACCCGUCCCCGUCUCGAGCCAAAAGAACCUCGUGCUCACAGCCCUGCCCCUCACCUCCCAGGCCCAGAAUCAUGAAGUGAUGUAUCUAAGAACGGGGAGGGGAAAUUUCUCUUUCGUUCUAAAUGCCUUCUCUAGGCAGAAGUCCAGACUCAGGUUAUAAAUCAAAGAGAGCUUUGCUCUUCACGUGUAGUGGACAGCCUCCCUGGGACCCCGACUUAGGAGGGUGGGUGUGACCGUGAAGCACAGGUCCUGGGGUGGCUGGCCUGGCCCUGUGUGGCUGCAUGUCAAGAAACCCCUUCCUGCUGUGCCAUUCGCUCUCCAUUGUCACCGUAGUUGCUGAGCUCAGCUCCUCUCGGCUGGAGGUCCCCAGCCAGAUGGGGUCGUUUUACUGCACUUUCUCCAAAAGCCCGUAGUGAUAUUACCACUCACCCUGCUCCAUGGAGAUGUAGGGAGAUCUGAAACCCCACGGCAAGGAAGAGCCCCUUUUCCUAUAGGGCCUCGAUGAUACGGACAGGCCGAGCCUAGGCUUCCGGACCUGGGCACACACUGGUUGUAUUCCCGGGAGGACUCUCUGGAGAAUGUCUGUCUGCUGUCACCUGAGAUCACAGCUUUCCCGUUGGCCUCUUCAGUGAUCCUCACAAGGCUAAGAGUCCAGAACCUAAAGCCCUUGCCACUGCUGUCUUUCCUCACCUCCUCAUUAUACGGCCAUCCCAGAAGGAGGGAAAGAUCCAUCAGAAAUAGCAAAGUAACAUGAUUCAACGACUUAUGGGUUUCAAGUUGAAUUAUUUGAAGUGCUGGCAGAGUUGAGGAGGGGCGGGCUGCCCCUUGUGGAUCCUUCUCUCCACAACCAUUCAAAUGUCAGAACUGUCCAGCUUCACUCCAUACUUCCUUUGACUCAAUCACUCAGGGGACUGUCCUCAGUUAUGUGGCCUUGCCGUUGACACUUGGUCUGGGGAGUAAUAAGGUGAAAUGCACAAACCAGUCAGACAUUUCCCUUAGUAUCCUGUGCCCGUCGCUGAUGCACAUGGCUAUGGUUUCUACGUGAUACUGGCUUGGGACCCUCUUUAUAUGGUCUCAAGGGAUAUGAUGACAAAGCUUGGAAAGUCUUCAUGGAAAAAUUCAUUCGAUUCGGUUGCCUUGACGUAAUCGCCACAGAGAAUCGGGUUUUGGCAGUCCCACAAGAAAGCUCUCUGAAACUGGAAAAGACUCGCCCAACCCCCUGCCUCUUGCCCAACUUUGGGUGGCUUAUGGGUUCAACACCCAUGGUGGGUGUCGCCCUCAUUCACCUCUUUUCCUUGAACUUGAUGGGUUGGCCUUCAAUGCAAUGCUUCUCAUGAUGUUAGAAGUUAUUGUCCAAGGGAAAGGGAUGCAGAGGCUGGAAUUUUCCAGGGGAGUAGAGGAGGAGGCUGAUGAGGAAGGAAUAUUCCAGGAAAUAAAAAAUUCAAGUGUGGUGUUGCUCCAUGCCCGGACCUGUGAGAGAAAAAGGAAGAUUGUGAAGGGCUGCAGAGGCUGGUCUCCGAAUGCUUUCCUGAGUAUGUGGCCUACUUUGGGGGGGGACGCCGGGGACUGAGUGCAACGGGGCUGCUGUCCAUCAACCUGACCCCAGUGACACAAGUGGCAAAUGUCUGGAGGAGGCCGGUAGCCCAUCUUCCCUUGGGGAAUGCUCAGAAUGCCUCUCCGGGGGCAGCCCGUCUGGGCUCAGACCUGUUGAGCUGAGGCCAGAAUUAUGGGAGCGCUGUCUCGCGCAGGACCCCACCUGCUUCUGCUGGCCACCAGCCUGAUCCUUCUGAGUGACAUUCACCUCCUGGCCUCAGGCUUCUCAUCUCUAAAGCAAAAGGAAAGGGAAACCAGAAGAUCCCUCAUCCUGACUCUGUUUGUCUGAAACAAGUCCAAAAGGAUGCCUAGAUUUGAGAGGGGCUGGAUUCCCCCAGGAGUUGCAUUAGGGACUGGCAGUUUAUUUUUUCACACGAGGCCCAAGAGGCAGUUGUAAUAAAGUAUCCCUUUCGGUGUCCAUUGUGUGUGGAUGAAACAAUGCAAAUUGGUUUCUGUCAAAUGUGUGGUGUCUUGGAAGUAAGAGGUUUUGUUUACUCCCUAAGGUCUUGCUGACUCUAGGGAACAUCAAAGAUGGGCUGAGCCAGGGUGAGAAGGAAGGGGAGUUGAUCGCUUUAUCGCAGAUCAUGUGCAUGAGCAUUCCGGAAUCCGUAGAGUGGAACAAAGCCAGACCCUAGGAAGAGAGAUGGGUCUUUCUCCAUCCCAGAAAGCUUAACUGGAAGCUACUGAAUAAAGAGCACAACUUCCGGUCAUUUCUUUUUUCUUUUUCUUCCCUCCCCUCCCUGCAUCCCGGCUGUUCCAGUAAAUGUGAUCAUGGUUUGUGUUUAUUCAUAACACUGCAGAAGGAAGAGAGUCACCAUCUCUCACGAUUGUCAGGAGUAAGAUUAGCAGUCUAGGGAGACCAGCUCCAAAAGAUUUGGAGGCUGAGAAAGGCUGAGCACAGUACCUGCUUCAGGUGCACCGACCCUGGAGAGGGGUGGAGGGCGUGGCAAGAGUGGCAGCUGGACCCAUAAAAUCCCCAGCCCUUCUGCCCCACGACAACAUAGCAUCCUAGGUCUCUGUCCCUUUACCUCUUCCUGAAAUGGACUGAGAUUUUUACAUAAGCUUGUCUUCAUAGAGGCCCUACCGACCUUCCCUGGAAAGACCCAGAUUGGUCGGGAAAGGAAAGGGUAGAAUCUUACAUAAGCCAGUGUCUCCCAGCUCUCUCCAAAGAAACUCAAAGAAUAUUCCUCCUUUCUGACCUGGAAAUCUGGUUUGAGGGUCCUCGAAAGGCUUCUUAGGGGGGUUUGACUAUUUUUCCCCCCAGGUCUGAAUCCAAGAAGAAGCUAUUUAUCCAAGGACUAAGCAAAGACAAUGUCCUUGGAUGGAAAUCAGAUCCAGAAAGUCUGGGCAGGCAGUGGGCUGGCAAACUGUCAUCUUUUGAGGAUGGGUGGGGGGAGGGAGGUCAGUGAGCCUAGGAGUCAUUAGACUGGAGACAUGACUUGUUUCUCAAAGCACAGUAUAGUUAGUGGCUGGAGUGAGCCUGGAGCCCCGCUGAGGAUCUUAGGACCAGUGUGCCUGGGGCCCGGCAGCUUGCAUAUCCAGAAUGGGCCACUCGGACUGAAAUCCUGGGUCACAGUCUUCCCGUUUACCUCAAUCAUGUUCCUUUUUUUUUUUUUUUUGUCCUUCUCAUUCCGUGUUAGGUGAUGAUUUCUGCUAUUAAAUGAUGAGAGUCAGCAGACUAGUCAAAAGGAAAUCUUUAUAUAAAGUGUAAAUACUAAUAUAAAUUAACUUGGCAUGCAACUUACUAACCCAAUGAAGUAUAUAUUAUUAAUAUGUCCUCUUAGUGUAUAAAGGAAAACUGACUGCCAUAUUUACCAGAUGUUUUCUGUAACCAAACUUGUCUGUAAAUAUAUAAUCUGUAUAAAAAAGAGUCUAAUUUACCAUUAUUUAUGCAAUAGAAAAAAAAUAAAAGUUUUUUUUUUCUUUUGA